CCCGGCAGACUGCAGCCGAGAUCGCGCCGCUCUCACCGUCGCAGGAAGGUGACGAUCAACGUGCAGGACGACGAAUGGUCCCCGACCGCCCAGAGAGUCCCGAAGACGUUCCGUCCAGGGCCGACGACCGUCGACUCGAUGCAGCUCGUCCCGUUCGUGGACAAUCUCCUCUACUUCGACCCGAAUCCCCUGAUCCACGUGGCGACCACCUCGCUGCAAACCGGCAGCCUGCAGCACGCGCUGUCGUCGUCGCGAAGGAAGCUGCGCCACCACCAUCAUCAUCAUUACCACCACCACCACCAUCAUCAUCGGCACCACCACAGGGAGCACCGUCGCGUGGUCAGCGAUCCGGGCACCACCGGGAACUGGGACGCCGUCAACCAAGAAGUGAAACGACACCGUCGACUGUUCAGCUUCGACACGGGCGUCGGCGCGCUCGGCCGGGACGCCCCGUUAAUCGACGCGUCCGCGGCCGAGGACAACGAGGAGGCGACGCCUCCCGACGACACGAACACGUCGACCUUUAGGAAAGUGCCAUGGCAUCCGAACCUGCACAUGCUCAAGCUCAGAAGAACGUAACGCACGCCUGGGUCGCUGGAACGAUUCGACGCGAAUGUCGUCCGGUUUCCUCGGUACGGUAACGCUCGGAUAAUUGUCUGAACUCUCGAAUAUAUUUGGAUCCUGGUUAUUUCAGCUCUCGAUUAUUACCUUAGCUACUUACCUGAACUCUCGAUUAUCCAGAUUAAUAACGCAUCGUUUUGCACUUGUUCUUUCUACUGUUCGAUCGACGCCUGUGUUCAGCUACUUCGGAUAAACGGGGUUGUACUUUAUUCUCUGAUUAUCCAAACUAAUUGGAACCAAGGUGGUUCGAAUGUUCACUUCGCAUUCUUCUGGUGUUUGUAAACAUUUCCAAGGAGGAAGACAAUUAUCCGUGACUUACCGUACUACGAACGCGAAUUCAGUUUGCCACUCGAGGUCACCAGACGGAGACCACCAAAGUUGUCGAGUGUACUGUUCCUGGACAAGUUACGGUGAACUCGAUUCGAGAGAUUUUUAUAUAUAAUUUGUGAAAUUUAUAUAGGGCAUCUUCCAAAUUUUUCUACAGUGAGAAAUAAGUUCGCUGUAUCUUGGUCAGCAACCGUGGUCUUCCAAUGACUUCAUUAUGGUCAAUCGAAUUCGCGUUCGCUAGAACUUUUGUUACUCGCCCUGUCGCGUUCCCCGCGAGUCGUUCGCGACGGGACGUUGUCUAUCCGCCUCGAUUGACCUUCAAUGUGUUAUUUAUCCCAUUGCGCGUUAAAGCGAACAACGAAGAUCCCUAAGAGUGCAAUACCUUGCGACUUCACGUGCAAUAUUAUCGUUUCUAAGGACCUACGGGUAGGAAUUUCUUUUAUUUAUUUAUGCGAACGCGCGAAUAGCUUGUGCUAGCCAUUGGGGUCUCGUUACCUUUCAACGCCGUGUUAACCCUUUGCACUCCAGAAAUUUUUCAUUGGAAACACUCAACAUUUUUUAAUGAAAUACCAACGACAUUCUUUCAAACUGACUUAACGAGAAAUCACACAUAAAUUAAAGAGAUAGGCCGUUUUAUUUUAAAAUUUCACAUGUCGAUGCAUUGUACAAAGUUUAAUAUUGAAUAUCAAACUCUAUAAUUUUGCAGUGUCAAAUCAAUCGGUGACUGAGAGACGCCUACGGAGUGCAAAGGGUUAAUUCAACAUCCUCAACGUUUUACACGUGUAUAAAGUUCUAUCUAGUAUAAAGUUACAGAAGGUCUCCGCGGAAUCUAAUCUAAUCCCUUGCCUUACGAUGUCUUUCGCAAUUAAAGCCGAAUAAUCCUUAACGAUUAACUAGACAGAAAAGAUAUUGCACGUUCACCGUAUACCUAUGUCUACUAUAAGUAUUAAGUGUUCGCAAGAGAAAGCUGACAUUCUAUUUCGACGUGAAAAGAAAAGAAUACUAUAUUAUAUUACAUUGUAAUUAUAUUGUAAAGCAAUAUUAUAAGAGUAUUAUAAGGCAAGGAGUUAAAUUCUCGACGAAACGAACGUCCGAUUAAUAUUGGGUCGAUGCAAAAUUCCGACGUUCCUCUAACAAAAGAAUGUUUUCCUUUGCAAUAAAUAACAUCUGUCUUGAAACCACUGUAACGUGUAUAAAGGACACUUCUGUCUUCGCUUUCACUUCUGCUUUAGUCCGUGAACAGUUGAGGACUCUUUGUAUUGCUUAUAAAGAAACGCAAAGAAUUCCGCGUCAACUGAACGGUUGUCGGGAAUGUUUUCAUUGGAUCCCCGUACCCGCGUGAACGAGCGAAGCCUAAUUAACCAGUUGACUGUGUUUGACAAGUAUACACGUCAUAACGCUUGACACGAUACUGAUUCUUUCAGCAACGUAUUCUUGAUUUUUUCACGUAAACAUGUAAUUCUUCUUUGUUUCGCUUUGAUCUUUCAUUAAAAUAUACAUUUCAUUCAUUUUUUGAUUUUAUUGCGCGCGGAACGAGAGGUUUUUCCAAUAAAAUUCCACAGUUAACUGGUUAACCGUCGUCGCGUUGUAUAUAAUUCCUGUUAGGAUCGUUCCGGUGAAUAAGAGAACGGUAGAGCGUUUAUGCGGAACUGUAUUUAUUGAACUCACGUUAUAUCGUUUAUGGCAGGUUAAGUUUUAACAGGCAUAUUCACGAAGCACUAUAGCUUUCGUUGAACGUUCAACUCACACCCGCUGUCCGUUCCCACGAGUUUUAAAGCGCAUCCUGUGUCUGUGACUAUCCGGAUAUCCAUUCGAAAAAUACAAUUAACGAAAACGACGCUGCGCGAAGUUGUUCGAGGUUUCUUUUCUUUUUAUUUUUCUGCGUGUAUGUGUGUUUGUUUGUUUUUUUUCUUUUUUUUUAGUGAAAUAACGAUUCGCCGAGAGUCUUUUUAAGAUAAACCACGAGGGAAAUCGUGGACCUGACGUUCCGCGUGAGAGAGAAACGUUUUUGUUCUUUCCCUUCCCUCCGUAGAUAUAUACAAUCACGAUACUGUUCGCAUAGAUGACUAAUCGUUUGUUAACACUGAAAACAUUGUUUAACGCUGGAACCGCCGCGAAUGUUUAAUCGCGAUUAAUACGUGAUCCUUAUAAAAGUUAUGGAAGUAGAUGUUCUUCUCGUUUCUACUGAUAUUCUUGAUCUAUGUAAAUAAAACUACAUUUUUUUUAAAGUAACUGCUAAUGUCUAACACUGUUAUGAUGUUGUCAAUUGGAAAUUGAGACGGUAAAAAUCAGUCGUUUCCGAUUGGUACGGUGGUUCCAGCGUUAAAGACAUUCGUUAUCGUAUCCGCUAAGCGCAAAUCGAGCAACGUGAACGAAACAACUCCGUGAAACGCUUAACGU